AUCAUUUGUUGAAUACAAAGCUCUCCUCUCACUACCAAAAACAAAUUUUUGUAUCAAAGAGUGCUUAAAAUUCUCAACCGAAAGUGAAACCCUAACUCAAAAACCCUUUCGGAUUUCACUUCAAUCGAAUUGAUUUUCCUCUCGAAAACCCUAGUUCCUCGUUCAUCAUUCUCGACGAUGGACAUCGAACAACGGCAAUCGGAUCUCAUCGAUCACUUCGUCAAGCAAGCCUCUGCUGCUUCAAACGCUCCCGCUCUCUCUUCCGUCAUUGUUGAUGCAACUUCUCACCCGUUGCUCUUUGCCUUCUCGGAGAUUCUCGCUCUCCCCAAUGUUCUUCAGCUUGAAGCAACUGAUAAUAAGUCAUACCUUGAUAUGCUUAGGCUGUUUGCACAUGGAAUAUGGAGUGACUACAAGAGUAAUGCUGACCGUCUUCCACAAUUGGCACCCGAUCAGAUCCUAAAGCUUAAGCAGCUUACAGUUCUUACACUCGCUGAGACAUACAAGGUAUUACCCUAUGACCAAUUGAUGCAGGAGCUAGAUGUGACAAAUGUUCGCGAGCUUGAAGAUUUUCUAAUUAAUGAAUGCAUGUAUGCGGGAAUAGUCCGAGGAAAGCUGGAUCAGUUGCGGCGAUGCUUUGAGGUCCAAUUUGCCGCAGGUAGGGACUUGAGGCCUGGUCAACUGGGGAAUAUGAUCCAAACUCUCUCCAACUGGUUAUCUACAUCAGAAAAUAUGCUUGUUUCAAUUCAAGAUAAGAUUAAAUGGGCUGAUUCAAUGAGUGAAAAUGACAAGAAGCACCGGAAGGAUGUGGAAGAGAAGGUUGAAGAAGUAAAGAAGUCCCUUUUCAAGAAGUUACACACUGUGAGCAGGCCGACAUCGACUUCCGAGGGCAUGAGGAGGAGAUCUGCUCUGAAUCUGGUGGAGUGAUGGAUUUUGAAGAAGAACGAAGCCGACCAAAGAGGAGGCGGCAUCCGAUAUCUUGAGGUUGUAGUAGAUAAAGGAGCUUCAAUGAAUUGGGUGUUUUAGUUGGUUGCCGGACUUUUAUCCAUGGCAUGCGUCAAUUGAGAAUAUCAGCUUUUGGAGACAAAUCUGUCACAUCACAAAGCCAACAAAAAGAAACACCAUUAAUUUCUUUGAGGUUGUAUUUUGGAAAUUGAUAGUACUUCUGGUACCAUUUGUUCAUACUAUAUUACUGCGUUGGUUGGUUAGAACAAGCUGAGGUGGUGGUGCGGCUUUUUUUAAUUUUGUUUUAGGUUGCUAGAUGCUCCAGUUUUAUUUUGUAUUAUGCUUCGUUUAUACUUCCUCAAUUGAAUUGCUAUACUUUCUAGUAAAUAUAUAUAUUCUCAAAGUCAGAAUCCCUA